AUGGCAGCUGCGGUGACUCCGGCGAAUUCGUUCGGUGCCGUUGUUCUCGGAGGUACGUUUGAUCGAUUGCACGAUGGGCAUCGAACUUUCCUCAAGGCUGCGGCGGAGCUAGCUAGGGAUCGAUUAGUGGUCGGAGUAUGUGAUGGUCCGAUGUUGAUAAACAAACAAUUUACUGAAAUGAUACAACCCAUUGAAGAAAGAAUGCGUAAUGUGGAGAACUAUGUCAAGUCUAUCAAGCCUGAGCUGGUUGUACAUACCGAACCCAUUACCGAUCCAUAUGGUCCUUCUAUUGUCGAUAAAAAUUUGGAAGCUAUUGUUGUCAGCAAAGAGACGUUACCUGGUGGUUUGUCGGUUAACAGAAAGAGGGUUUCUGCGAAGAUGAAUGAUCUGAUGACGAAAUCGUUCUUAAGUUAUGUCGAAUUGAAGAAACAAGCGAAGAAAGAUCAAGACUUGGAGAAAGGCGAAAACUUUAUCAGCCCAGAAGAUGACCAAAACCUCUCUGUUUUCUUUCAAGAAAUCGACUCAAUCAAAACCCUAAUCGAAGAGAUCACUAAUCUCUUACUCGAUCUCCAAACCCUAAACGAAGAAACCAAAUCAACACACAGCAACAAGAUCAUACGCGGGUUAAGAGACAGAAUGGAAUCAAACAUCGUCUCAAUCUCUCGAAAGGCCAACAACGUCAAAACCCUAAUCGGGUCUCUCGAACAGAGCAACGUGGAGAAUCGCACGAGUUUCAAGGAAGGAUCUUGCGUGGACAGGACACGUGUCUCGACGACGAACGGUGUUAGGUCGAAACUGAGAGAGACCAUGGUCGAGUUUCAUCGUUUGAGGGAGAGAAUCUUUGCUGAUUACAGAGAAGAACUUCAAAGGAAGUAUUUUUUAGCGACUGGUGAAGAAGCAAGUGAUGAGGUAAUGGAGAAGAUGAUAUCUGGUUCUUGUGGAGAUUUGUGUGUUAAGACAUUUGAAGUGAAACCAGAGAUGGAUUUGAAGACUAAAGAGAGACAUGAAGCAGUGAAUGAGAUUAAGAGAAGUCUUAAUAGGCUUCAUCAAGUGUUUCUUGACAUGGCUGUUCUUGUUGAGACUCAAGGAGAUCGAGUUGAUGAUAUUGAAGCUAAUGUGGCUAAUGCAGGGAGCUUUGUGAGUGGUGGGACUAACAGUUUGUUCUACGCGAAUCAGAUGAAGAAGAAGAACAAGAGUUGGGUUGUUUGGGUUUCGAUUUUGGGUGUGAUCAUUCUUCUUGUGUGUUUGAUCUCCAUGAUUGCUUCUCGUUGA